GAGUGCCUGUGGAAGCUCGUCCUCCACAAAAGGUAAACCUCAGGAAGCGAACCCAAAAUCCAAAAUUCCCAUUCCCUCACCUCGGGGCUCCAAGCUCACGUCUACCAGCGCCGCCAAAUCGGAGCAAGCUUUUAACUCCCUCCCUGCAAGUCGGAAAGAAGUGACGACCCCUGAUAUGGAGCAAGCAACUGCAGGGCCUUCCGGGGUCCAGGCAAUGUCCUCGCCCCCCUCACCGGUCCCAGCCUCGAGGUCCCCGACUCCUUCCCCCACUCCUAGGUUACCUCAGUCACCUCAGCGCCCUACACUCAGUCCUCAGAUGGAGAGAAGCGGUAUCAUCACCAUCGACACGAGUAAACACUCAAGUUGGGACUAUAUCUAAAUGUCCGAGGCACUUGGUAUUCGAAGCUCCUAGUAAGGGGUCCGGGUCCUGUGUCGUCUAGAAUCCAUUCGGUGCUCUUAUUAGGAUUGGGAUAUCAGCAUCUUCUGCACUCAGUCUAUCAGGUCUUGUUUUUACAUCUUGCAGGAUUAAGAUGCAUGUAUCGGGGGUUAGGGGAAUCCUUAAAUAAUGAUAAUGCCGUUUUAGCCUAUUGUAGUAAAUAGACUCCAUGUAUACCAGUAAGAGAAAGAAUCAGGGUAGUUUCAGAUCAACAAAUCUAGUAUUCUCAAGAAAUUCUAUCUGUAUGGCGAGACCUCUGGAUGAGAUUUACCUAGUGCAAAAGAAACCACAGCAAAUUGUAUCUCAUUGUUUCUUUAUAUUUGUGCAUAGGUAGAAAGAGUAACCGAUAUCUUAACCAUAUUUAUAGUUUUGAUUUAGAAAGAUAAUCCCUGUGAAAUAAAAUGUUUCUAAUAAUAGUCAGUUUUAUGAAAAAAUGCAACCAAUGUAAAGGAGGCUCACAUUUUUAUAAAUGGAAUGAAACAUUUGAGUGUGCAGUUGACAUCAGUAAACAGAGACUUAGACUGACAUAUGACAUCAGAAAUAAAUAAAUGGCAAUAAUCAAUGUACGUAGAGGGUAUCCUGUAAAAGAUAUUCAUAAUAAAAUAUAAA